CCCUUCUCGAGUUCCCGCGGACCAAAAAGCUCGCUCGCUCGCUCGCUCGCUCGCUCCCCGGCAUUCGCCGAGCUCCGAUCGGAAACCAAUCGAUUCCGUACGCCGGCGAUCGAAAUCGCGGUGGCUCCGCCGCCGGGAAACCCUUUCGAUCGGCGACCCCACCUCCCUCCGUCUGCCCGCUUGCCAGCCAUGGCGCCCAAGCGGCCCGAGGCGGAGAGCCCCUCCCCCACCAACGGGUCCGUCCGUAAGCGGACGGCGGCGCCGCCCCCGCCUCCGCCGCGGAGGUACCGGUCCCUGGCGGAGAUAAUGCGCACGGCGAAGGCCGCGCCGCCCGUCACCGGCGACUACUACUCCGACGUCCGGUGCGAGCAGUGCCGCUCCGGCGACUGCGACGAUGAGUUGCUCCUCUGCGAUCGCUGCGAAAAGGGUUACCACCUCUUCUGCCUCCGCCCCAUCGUCGUCAGGGUUCCCACCGGCCCCUGGUUGUGCCCUAGCUGCGCCCGAGAGCGGCCGUUCCGAAGGUUUCCAUUGAUGCAGAAGAAGAUCAUAGACUUUUUCCGGAUCCAGAGGUGCUCGAUUGCUGCAGCGGAGGAGAAAUGUGGGAUCUCCCAAGAUACAAGGAAACGCAGGAGACGUUCCAUGCCGUUAAUUAUGCAUAAGAAGAGGAGGAGAAUAUUACCAUUUACUCCAAAUGAAAAUCCAGCGCAAAGGCUUCAACAAAUGGGUUCUCUUGCUACUGCCUUAACAGCACUAAAGAUGGAGUUCAGUAAUGAGCUAACUUACAUGCGGGGGAUGGCCUCUAGAUCUGCUAAUCAGGCAAUUUUAGAAAAAGGCGGCAUGCAGGUCCUUCCAAGAGAAGAUAAAGAAACACUAGAGCUCUGCAGGGCCAUGUGCAAAAGAGGAGAAUGUCCUCCGCUUGUAGUAGUUUAUGAUUCACUUGAAGGAUUCACUGUACAAGCUGAUGGACAUAUAAAGGAUAUGACUUUUAUCACUGAGUACACUGGAGAUGUGGAUUACCUCGUAAACCGGGAACAUGAUGAUUGUGACAGCAUGAUGACCCUUCUUUCUGCAACAAACCCAUCAAAUAGUCUAGUUAUCUGUCCUGAUAAACGUGGAAACAUUGCUCGCUUCAUCAAUGGCAUUAACAACCAUAAUCAUCAUUACCGGCAGGCCAGGUGGCAUCUUCUUGUGGAAUAUUGAUUUGUGACUUGUUACCAGUUGUUACUCAUGUUCCUAUAAUACAGUAGUAAGCUGCAAAGUAUGGCGUGAUCUCAAGUGCUGCUGUUGACAUGCAGCCUUACAAAUUGUCACACUUAAUGUGAUAACAAAGGAAGGAGAUAUGAGCUUGACCGGCAUGGGAAACAACAAAAACUGAACAGGACCUUAUGCCAACGAAUUGAAUGAGUACAUGAUCAUCCUAUGACUCGUAAGCAUUCCACUGGUUGUAAAUUUGAGUACCAGUUUUAUUAUUAUGAUCAAAGGUCAUUGUGUCCUAUAUGGAGGAGGAAGUUUCAUGGAUGGGGAAAUACAUGAGAGGAAAGUUGCAUUGAUGCAUAUGGGAACCUAUUAGCCUUUUUGCUAGUCCCUCUGAAGUGUUUUUUGAAGCAAAUUUCUAAAAGAGGAGAGUCAUGCCCCCCUGUUUUUUUGAAUAAUUAGAUGAUUGAUUAUUAGGAUAGGUAAGAUACUUGUCUGGCCUUUCUUUUUUGAAUAUUCAGUUGAAAUUUCAAA